GUAGUUUUAUUUCAAUAAUAUAAUAACUGAUAAGUAAUGAGUUGAGGAGUACAACAAUGGGUACUAAAGCCUCCGUGCAGGGUUCCUCCAGAACCAAUGUUAAGAAGAAUGGAGAACCCCGGGAGCCGGACGAGGAAGAUGUUGACGUUCCCGAAUUUCCACCUGAUGAAGACUACCCUCCCCCAAAACAAAACUCACAGAAAAAGAACGACAUUUACGAACCUUCGCGGUACAAGGACGUCCAUAAGCACGUUAAAAAUAUUCCCGCAAAGAUUGAUAUGUCAUUCAAAAAAUUGCUGAACUACCUGGUACAACCCUUUAGGACUGAUAUGCAGAAGUUGCGCGCGCUGUUCAUGUGGCUAUGCGUGCAGCCCGUCACAACUGCCAGAUACAAAAGUUUGGAAGGAUAUUUCCCUGAAGAUCUUGCUAAGACCCCUCGAGGUUUUAUGAAGCUCAUCAAGGAGGGGAAGGCUUCUUAUGCAUCCCUGUUUGCCGUUCUGUGCAGAAGAUCGGGGAUCAAAUGCGUAAUAAUAAAAGGGGUGUGUAAGAGCGCUGGCUAUGAGGUAGGGACUUCUGACACACUGAAGAACCUUCGGACCAAGUGGAAUGCCGUGUGGGUCAAUGACAGCUGGAGGUUAAUUCACCCAUUGUGGGCGUGUCAGACGGUGGUAGGACGGUCCGAGCUCAACGAUUGGACGGCGAACGACGACGAGGAAGAAAACACCGAGGGCUGGACAGUGCAGAAAAUCAACGAGUUCUUCUUCCUUACAGACCCACACGAUUUUUUGUACUUCUGUUUUCCUGAUGACCCAAAAUGGCAACUGCUGAUCCUACCGUAUGAUCUGAGGAAGUUUGUCCGCGUUCCGUUUCUUCAAGAAGCGUACUUCAGGCUCGGGCUACGGCUCGUCACAGAACAGAGCUGUAUUUUGAACGAUAUCGAUGGAGCUGUGGACAUUGGGUUUCGAGUUCCCGAAGAUUACCCAAUACAAAUGAAUUAUGAACUUUUUUAUAAGAGAGACGAGUCCGAUGUUGACCUCGACAGCAGGACCUCUCUGAACAAGUAUGUUGUGAUGAACUUUGAGGACAAUAUAUGGUCUUUUAUCGUUAGGUUUCCGGUUCCAGGUGUUUACAAACUUUCAAUUUUUGGCGGCCAUGUUGAUCGUGAUCACGUGCCGUGGAUCGCGGACUUCCGACUUAUCUGUAAAAAUACUCGAGAUAACUGUGUUCCCUUUCCCGAUGCGCCAUGGAUUGGAGUGGGCUAUUCAUACGAGGCCCAAAAGGCGGGACUAGCGGACCCAUCCCACAAAUCAGGAAUCAUCGUUAUGAAACCUCAUCAAGAAAUCCACAUGACAUUAAUGAUGGAAAUGUUUCUUAAGAUGAAAGUGCAGUUUUUACAUGUCAUUCUGAGUGAAGAAGAGCUAAAGGAAAAGUUUUACUUCAAGAGAAUAGUUGGGAGGAUGGACAUUAUCGGGAAAAUACCACAGCAUGGCGACUAUCUCAUCAAAAUUUUUGGGAAGCCUAAGGGUACAAGGGGAGAGUUGAAGAACAUCUGUAACUAUCUUAUUACCACGGAAGAUCCAAGGCCUUCGGGGAAAAGGAGGAAAGGGUGGGAGAAUGCCAGAGAAAAGAAUCUGAGAAAAGACGUGAAAGAAGCGACCAAUGUGAAGGACAUUGAGCGACUGAAGCUGAGCAUAGAUAAGUUUGUGGGCGCCGGUCUGGAGGAUAAAGGGGACUACAGCAAGGCCUCGACCAGGCUGGAGUUUCUGGAGGUCCAGCAAGCAUUGAUAGAGGCAAUACAGAGAAGGAACGAAAAAAUCCUUAUCCCAGCGAUCUCGAUGGCGAAUGGAUCGGGAUACAAAAAACGUCUGACUUUAUUGAUAAAAAAAGCCGAGGAAACUUUGGAGGAUUUACGGUGUCUCGGAGGAUUCCAACACCCGAUUCCAGACCUCAACAAACCAAUCAUUGCAGAGCUUAUGAACUACGUCAGCCCACCAUUAAUCGUCCGUGACAUCAUGACUGCAACCUUCCUUCUGCUGGGCGAAACAGAGGAAGAACUAAAGUCCUGGGAGUUCAUAAGGCUUCUGAUGAGGACAACAGGAAGGAACAGUCUUCUGCAGCGCUUCCAGCGAUUUAUCCUGACAGAGGUUCCAACAGAGGUACAAACCAAGGCAGAGAAUAUGUUUAAGAAGUUCACUGAGGACGAAGUAAGGAAAACCAGCGCAGGCGCAGCCUCGUUCUUUGUGUGGAUUCAAAAAGUGAUGACAAAACCCGACCCCAGCCCUGUACCAACAGAUGGACAGAAACGGAAAAAGUGAAUCAAGAAAUCUUACAAUGGAAUACAGAAUGCAUUGUUGUUAUGAUUUAAAAUAAACGUGACUGUAUAAAAGUGUUACAUGCGUAAUACAUACAAAACUACACAUGAAUCACCCUGUUAUCUGUAGUUUACACAAGCAGAAGCGUAUAUUACAAACAGUGCUACAUGUAUAUUACAGUAAACAUUUCAAAUUACUUCUUUUGUUUUAUUCAAUUACAAAAUAAGACGAGAACUUUAUAAACUUUAUUAAACUC